AUGUCGAAACGUCCAAGAACUCUCGAUAGCUUCUUCGCACCACACGCGGUCAAGAAAAGCAAGCUUGUCUCGGAAGAACUCUCGGAGACUGCCAUCAUCCAGCAGAACUCCAGACAUGCUACGUACCCAUUCGCCAUCCCAGAACUGCCAUUGGAGCUGCGAGAGAUGCUCAACUUUGUACCAGCGACGGAAGGACGUGUCAUGAACAACCAGCCAGAUCUUGAUCUACUCUACUUCUCGCCUUAUAUACCCAAAGACGCCGUACGAGGACUGUUUGAAUUCCUCAGGCAUGAGCUCUUCUUCUAUCGAGUCAAAUACAAUAUCAAGCGCGGUCCAGUUGAAACUCAGAUCAACACUCCCCGCUAUACGACCGUGUUCGGUGUAGAUGACACUGCGCGCUUUGACGAUGACGGAGCAUUGGUAGAUGCCAAAACRGAGAAGCCGGUUGCUCAAAGUGCUUAUAAGCAGCGACCGCGUCCAAUACCAGCUUGUCUGGAUGAUAUACGCAAGCUAACAGAAGCUGCGACCGGCUGCACAUUCAAUUUCGCUCUGGUCAACUAUUAUGCCACUGGAGAGGACUCCAUCUCGUACCACAGUGACAAUGAGAAAUUUCUAGGCAUUGAUCCAGCAAUAGCUUCCUUCUCGUUGGGUGCGAAGCGCGACUUUCUUCUCAAGCACAAACCGACACCCCAGAAGCAUGAAUCAGAAACCAAGCCCACCAAACUCAACCUUCAAAGCGGAGACAUGAUCUUGAUGAGGGGAAAGACUCAAAGCAACUGGCUGCACUCCAUCCCAAAGCGCAAGGGCGGCGAGGCCGAUAAAGGUCGGAUCAACAUCACUUUCAGGAAGGCCAUGAUCAGAGGAGGUACAGACAACUAUUAUCGCUACAAUGUGGGCGAUGGGGGCAUUUACAAAUGGAGCGACGACCAUCGAGAGAUGUUGCCCAGUACCAAUGUAACUCCCAACGCCUGA